GCGGCAAACCUGAAAACGCUGAUCCACGAAAAUAUUAGUCCACGGCCAGUCACACGGCGGGACUGGCAGAGUCAUCAUGUCGAUCGGUUACAGAGUGCUUUCGCUCCUUGUCAUCGUCGCUGGGUCGACGGUGACCUUCUCUGCAGCACAAGGCCUCGGCCAAGACUGUACGCUGUUGUCUGGAGGUCCUGGCGUGUGUCGGAAGAUCACUGAGUGUCCGGAAGUAGCUCAGUUUGCCCACAGGCGUGAAGUAAAAUACUGCGGUACACGUGGUCGACUCGCCAUCGUCUGUUGUCCUCUAGAUUCCACCUCAUGUCCCAGCACAGGGAAUAAUGACGGCAUCGCUGCGCCGGUAGUCAAUUUCGAGUGCGGACGCCAAGCCACGAGGACCAUACCGCUCUUCGGUCCGUCCCGCCGCCGUCGCCAGAGUCUAUUCGGCCAAAGCAUCGGCAUCGGGGCCUCAGUAAGCACUGCGGCGGCGGUUGGCGGGGUUACGGCCAAGAUCAGCGCCUGGCCGUGGAUGGCUCUUCUCGGUGAACUGGACAGCACCAAGACUCCAGACUGGUUCUGUGCAGGCUCCCUGAUCAACGACCAAUGGAUCCUCACUGCUGCUCACUGCCUGGAUUCCAGAACACCAGACAUCGUACGACUCGGAGAACACGACUACGAGAACCCGAGCGAGACCAACCACGAGGACUACGGAAUCAGCCAAAUGGUCGUCUAUCCUCACUACAUCCCAGAACAAGCUUACCACGACCUCGCACUCAUCAAACUUAACAAGAAGGUUCAGAUAAAGGACUUCAUCCGACCUGUGUGCCUGCCGUGGAACCAGAGAAGCCCCUCUCACCUCCUGAACAGUGAAGUCACUGUCACAGGCUGGGGACAGACUCAGUCAGGCGGCCACAGGAGUUCGACGCUGCAGGAAGUUCAGGUGAAGGUGUUCCCCUCGUCCACCUGCCACUCACAAUAUAAGGAACUGGCGUUCUUCAAUAGAGUUUGGCCCUCUGGAAUCGCCGGAGAGACCAUGUGUGCUGGCACUACUGCAGGAGGCAAAGACGCUUGUCAGGGUGACUCUGGCGGUCCGGCUGUGCACUUGAGCUGCAAACGAUACACACUGGCGGGGGUCAUCUCCAAGGGCUUCGGCUGUGGCCUUCGGGAUUUCGCCGGCCUCUACGUCAACGUCCGGCAACUCUUCUAUCUCCAGUGGAUCAAACAGACUGCAUUUUGAGGACAGUUAUGCAGAUGCUCAUGAAUGGUGCUACGGAUUCUUGGCAAUGCUUUUGAUUCUACUUUGAAAACACUUUAUAUAAGAAUUAAAGCUGGCUUUAACAAAAAGUUUAUAGAAUUGAAAAAAAAGUCUUUGAUGCAUAUACAUUUAACUGUUAUUGAGAAUCUCUAAAAUUCUUUUGUACCGUUGUUAAUUAUUGUUCAUCUUCAGAUUAAUAAUAAAAGAAAUGGUUCUAUCAUUACAGAUUGCGUUUAUUAAAAUAAAAUAAAAUAUAAUGAAUGUAUCACUUAUACAAAACAUAUUUGGAUUACGAACAUGGUAAUACAAUGAGAG